AUGAGUGUUUCUACCCCACCAGGACCUCACACAAACAGUGAGGAAACUCCUCUACUAGGAAAUUUCCGCGAUGAACAAUUCCAAGUUCUUCCGCGUCGGAAGCUUAUGAUUGUCUUUCCAGCCUUGGCCCUCGUGCAGUUCACUUCUUUCCUGGACCAGACCGCCAUCUCGACCGCGCUACCAAGUAUUGCAGAAGGUCUUCAUAUCGGAUCCUCUAUUUCUUGGGUCGGUGCCAGCUUCCUGAUCACCAGUACCAGCAUCCAGUUGAUUAACGGCCGACUUUCGGAUAUCUUUGGCCGGAAAGCAUGCCUCAUAUCCGCCCUGGUUAUCAUGGCUCUAGGCAACAUUGCCUCGGGAUUUUCGCGCACACCUGGCGAGUUGUUUGCCACACGGGCAUUUAGCGGGUUCGGUGCCGGUGCUAUUAAUGCUCUUGUUCAGAUUGCCAUAUCCGACUACACUACGUUGGAACAGAGGGGCUACUGGUUUGGUUUCAUCGGGAUUGCGACUGCGCUGGGCAAUGGAUUGGGCCCGCUAGUUGGAGGUGUUUUGACACAGUCCACUAGCUGGCGAUGGACGUUCUGGUUCAUAGGUCCUUUGGCUGCGGUGGCAUUCAUCUAUCUUGCUUUGGUUUUGCCGCGGUCGCAUACCACUGAGGGUAUUUGGAAAAAGCUCAAAAUGGUAGACUGGUUUGGUGUCUGCACGAGUAUGACUGCUAUCAUCCUCAUCUUGAUCCCUGUAUCCCAGGGCGGUUCAUCCAUCUCUUGGACUUCCCCGGCGGUAAUCCUGAUGCUCACCAGCGGCGUCAGUUUAUUGAUUGUAUUCCUGGUUGCUGAAUGGCGAUACGUGAAGUUUCCCCUCCUACCAUCACAUCUAUUCCAAUACGGUUGCUCCACAAACAUUCUUCUGUCAAUGAAUCUUAUCAUUGGCUGGAUCUUCCACGGCAACCUAUUUUACAUCCCUCUUUAUUUUCAGAAAGUUCGAGGCUGGAGUCCAACAGUGGCGGGAUCUUUAAUCCUGCCGUUGGUCAUUACGCACGGGUUGACCUCCGGGUUGACAGGCCCAGUGAUGUCUAAAUUCGGCCGAUAUACACCUAUCAUCAGUACCGGGUCGGGCCUCUGGGUUAUAGGAGCAACAGCGAAAACCAUGUAUGGCAGUGGAACCCCGGUGUGGAUCGUGUCCAUGUUUGCAGUUCUUGAAGGAGUCGGUCUUGGGUGUUCCUUGCAGCCCGUGCUUGUCGGUCUUUUGGCAAGCUCUCAAAACUCCGACCGCGCAGUCCUUACAGGCCUUCGGAACUUCCUCCGCGAUAUUGGUGGAGGUGUAGGAAUCACAAUAUCCGGUACCAUCCUUAAUAACAUCCUAUACAAUGGACUACAGGGAAAGCUUAGUCCGAGUGUGUUUUCCCAGCUGGUUUCGUCUUCCUUCAAUUGGGAAGGUCUCAAUAUCUCCAAUCAAGAGAAAGAACUAAUCUUGGGAGUAUAUAUGAAUGGCCUCCAGGCGGUCUUCAUUUCAUAUGCGGUUCUGGCAAGUGUUUACUUCCUUUGCUCUUUCUUCAUCCAAGAUUAUGGUCUUGGUGGAAGAAACUGUGUGCCCAAAAACGAAGUCGUACCGGAAAAUGAUGAUUGCGGACAUGAAACGUGA